UGGCCGGUGUUAAACAAGCUGAGGAGGAAAUGAAAGUGAGGAGCUAAGAAUACGAUUUGGCUUCCCUGAAGAGCAGGUGGCCCUGCCUUUGCAGGUAGCUGGGCAAGCAAGUCUGAUUCACAAAAGGACCUGCACCUUCUAUUAGGAGGACAAGGAGGCCCAGUGUUUCACGGCUACACUCAGUGGAACGGGUUAUGCCAGUUAUGCUCGCGAAAAUUAGGACGAACUGCUGGGGCACAAAGCAAGGAGACCAGGAUGAGCAGUUUCUAGCAUCUUCUAUUCAAAGCCUGGUUCCCGGACCCAGCACCUUCGGCGUCUUCCGGCUGCUUGUUGAAAUGCAGAAUCACGGACUCCGCUCAGACUUCCUAAAUCAGAACCUACAGUUUAGCAGGUUCCUCGGCGGAUGCGCGUGCACUUUCAAGUUUCGAUAGCGCUGAGACUGCUAGACGAUGGAGGGGCUGGAUCGGCAGUGAUGGAUCUGAGCGGAAGCGUAGGGAGAAGCCUCGGGGGUCGCCGCGAGCGAACCGAGCAGGCUGGAGAGGAAGAAGCCUGCGGACUCGUCCCGGAGCAGCCCGGAUUGAAUGGGCAAAGCUCGCCGGGAUCUCAGAACAGAGGAGUGAUACCACAGGAGCGCCCGAGAGCGCCAAAAUGUCCGCAGCCACUGCCAUCCACCACCACCCCGUGCUUUCCACUUCAUCCUUGUCCACCCCGAUUUCGCAUUCCGGGGCUUCGCCUGGUUCACUCGGUUUGAUUCUGUCGAGUUCUGUUGCUUCGGCCUAGCUCGGUUGCUAAGGUCUGGUGCUUCGCGGUUGCGGAGGAAAUGACGUCACGACCAAUAGGCGUGCUAGGCAGCUCCUCCCUCCUCCCGACUGGCUGUCAGGAGUUUGACUCCUUCGUGGUCUCGCAGGCUGCAGGGUUUGUUAGUCUCUCUCCACCUGCCUCCGUGCCCACCUCUGCCCCGCAGUCGUGUCCGCCUGGGCAAGACUCGGAGCACAGCACUUAGCUUCGGAAGAAGGGGCGCUUCGGAAGGAGAGGUGCUGACUUGAGCCUGGAGCAUCCCGUUCGACUCCAGCAGGUCAGCCCGGGUCGGAGGGCCCAGGCAGCCAAAUGGAGACGCCGCCGGUCAGUCCAGUGGGAGAGAAGGAUGCUUCUCCACCGCAGCGACCGUGGGAACAGGACUCCCGGGGGAACCUUGCUUCGGCUACUCAGAUUAGGCUGCAGCCCCCAGAGCCUCCUACUCAAAGCCUUCAGCUGGGACUGAGUCCAGAUCCAGCCAGCCGGCGUGUGGAGCAUCCUCGCGGGACCCCAACACAGCUCGCCGGGCCUGAAGGAGGCUCUGAUGCGUCUCCGGGAUCACCCAGCGAGGCGCCAGAGCCCCUGCGCGCUCCCGACCUCUGGCGCUGUCCCGAUGGGAGCUUUGUCAAGAAGAUCAUAACCCGCGGCCGCGGCCUGGACAAACCCAAGCUGGGCUCCCGCUGCCGGGUGCUGGCUUGCGGGUUUCCUUUAGGGUCAGGGCCUCCGGAGGGCUGGACGGAGCUCACUAUCGGCAUGGGGCCGUGGAGGGAGGAAGCCUGGGGGGAGCUUGUGGAGAAAUGCUUGGAGUCCAUGUGUCAAGGCGAGGAAGCAGAGCUUCGGCUCCCUGGGCACUCUGGGCCUCCUGCUGGACUCACGCUGGCCUCCUUCACUCCGGGCCGGGACUCCUGGCAGCUGCAGGUCAGCGAGAAGGAGGCCUUGGCUAGGGAAGAACGGGCAAGGGGCACAGAACUGUUUCGAGCCGGAAACCCUGAAGGGGCUGCCAGAUGCUACGGACGGGCCCUUCGGCUGCUGCUGACUCUCCCCCCUCCGGGCCCCCCAGAACGAACUGCUCUUCACGCCAAUCUGGCCGCGUGUCAGCUGCUGCUAGGGCAGCCCCAGCUGGCGGUCCAGAGCUGUAACAGGGCCCUGGAGCGGGAGCCUGGCCACUUGAAGGCUUUAUACCGAAGGGGGGUUGCCCAGGCUGCCCUCGGGAACCUGGAAAAAGCAUCUGCUGACCUCAAGAAGGUGCUGGCCGUAGAUCCUAAAAACCGGGCGGCCCACGAGGAGUUGGAGAAGGUGGUCAAUCGGGAGAAGAAACAGAAGGCAGGGCUGGCUCAGGGUCUGCGCAAGAUGUUUGGCUGAUUAAAAGUUAAGAGACAGGAGCCUGUUGAGUUGUGUUUGCUGUAGGAUGUGGUGGUGGGCGGAGCGGAGGGGAGAUUUCAGCCCCUCUCCCCCAGCUUUGCCCUCCUGGAGGAGGUGGCGCUGAUCUCGGGGGCCGCUUU